AUGGCUAUUCGCGAGGAUCUCGUAUCCUCUGCAGACCCAAGUGUCGCGUCAUCCUCCGUCGAGAACCGCAUCUCAUUCCUUCGAAGCAAGAACCUGACCCAAGAAGAAAUCGACGUUGCGCUGGCACGAACAGGCGGUAGCGCACCUCCAGCUCCCAACGCGCCUUACCCCAGCGCUCCCGCCGGCCCUCCUCCUGGUCAACAAUACUAUCCCCCCUAUCCACAGCAUGCCUGGCAACCACCGCCACCUCCUCCCCGUAGGGACUGGAGAGACUGGUUCAUCAUGGCCACAGUAGUUGGAGGCGUCUCUUAUGGCCUCUAUGAGUUAGGCAAGCGCUACGUAUAUCCAAUGGUCGCGCCUCCGACACCGGAGAAAUUGGAACAAGAUAAGAAAUCGAUCGAGGACCAAUUUGACCGAGCUUUCACGCUUGUUGAGCAGCUUGCGAAGGAUACGGAGAGUCUGAAGAAUGCCGAAAAGGAGCGAACUGAAAAGCUGGACGCGGCGAUCGCGGACCUGGAGACAGUCAUGACCGAUCUCAAGGCUGCGAACCGUCGUCGGGAGGACGAUGCGACCCGAAUUCGCGACGAGGUUCAGUCUCUUAAGGACGCGAUUCCCAAGGCUCUAGAGAACCAAAAGGGCCUGACUGAUAACCGGCUGAAGGAGAUCAACACUGAGCUCACCAGUCUCAAGACAUUGGUAUCUCAGCGCAUGACCACCCCCAGCAGCAGCACCGGCUCUUCAACCGUGAACACCUAUAUGCGAGGUACAGCCGGAACUGUCGGUGCCAGUGGAAGCUCUAGCGCAGCUACUCCUGCUGCCUCUACUUCGACUCCUGCUGCUAAGACCAACGGAGAGAAGGCCACAGUUGAAUCAGCUACUACCACUCCUGCUGCAGAGGUCCCUAAGCCUACAUUCCCCUCUGCUCCUCAACUCAACCGUUCAUCCUCUCCUCUUGCCAACAUGACCGGCAAGAAGUCUAUCCCUGCUUGGCAGAUGGCCAUGGCUAACCAAAAUGAUACAUCGUCGACUCAGGUCAAGGCCGACGAGCCAAAGGCUGGGGCUAGCUCCAGCUCUUGA